AUGGAAACUCAAGAUAGCAUUUUUGAAAUAGUAGAGAAUUUUAAUGGUGAAGGAUUAAGCAAAUUGAAGGAAUAGUAAAGCGAAUAGGAUUUUAGAUCAUAGUUAACAUCUAAAAAUGAACACGGAUAGACUGUAUUGCACGUAGCUUGUUAACUAGGAUAUACUAAAAUGAUUAUUUAGAUUUUAGAGUAUUUAGAAAGCUUGUCUUUAAUUAAUGAAGUGAUUGAUUCAGUAGAUAGCAAUCAUUUUACUCCUCUUAUUUUAGUUAUUAAAUCUACUGAUGAUGGCAUUCCUGAAGCAGUAGAAGUACUUUUGAAAUUUAAUGCAAAUCCUAAUGUACAAGAUAAAGAUGGAAAUACUGCUUUACAUUAUGCAGCUUCUAUGGGUUAAGAAGAAUGCUGUGAAAUAUUAUUGAAUAGCAAUAAGAUAAAUAUUAAUUCAUAAAAUAGUUUUGGAGAGACUCCUUUGAUUCAGAGUAUUAUUGAAGGCUAAUUUAACAUUAUCAAUAUGUUACUGAACCAUAAAAUUGACCUAGAAAUACAGGAUAAAAAAGGCAGAUCAGCUAUACAUUAUGCGGCUAUUACAAAAGGAAAUAGCCCAGCUUAUAUUCGCUGUUUGGCAGAAAAAUGCGAUUUAAAUAAGAGAGACUAAGAAGGUAAUACACCUUUACUUCUAGCAGCAUCAUUGUCAUUGAAGAAGCACUAUAGAGCUAUAGAAUUACUAAUUAAUCUUAAUGUAGAUUUAACUGCUAAAAAUAAAUAAAAUAAAUUAGCUCAAAACUAUGUCGAAUAGCUUGACUUAGAGGAUAAAAAGACUGAAUAUUACUCAAUUUUAAGAAGUGCAUUUAAAAAAAAAGGAAUCAUUCUCUUAGAAGAAGGUACUAAUGAAAAAAGAGAAGCACAUAAAAAAUAUUAAAUGGAAUAGGAAAUAAAUGUAUCAAGUGAUGAAAAAUCAAGCAAAAAAGGUGGAUGUUGUAGCACAGGUAGCUGCAGUAGUGCUAGUAACUCUGAAGAUAAAUAAGUUGAUGAUUAAAAGAAUUUAUCAGAAAAAUAAAAUAAAAAAUCUGGCUGUUGUUCUGAUUCAAGUAGCUGCUGUGGUGAUGGCAACAGUACAAAAAAGGAAAAAAAUAGUUGCUGCAGUGAUAAUGGGAAUAGCAGUUGUAAUACUUAAAAAUAACAAAAAUCUGAAGGUAAUAUUUAAACUGCUGCAUCUAAAAAGGGUUACGACUUUUAAGAAAAGCUAAUAAUUGCUGCUUUAGUUCCUUUGAACAUUGUCUUUUUUUAUUUAUUAUUUUAGGUUUUUAUGUAAUCUAAGUGA